UAGAAUUUUGCUUGUCAUCCGGCGUUGAAAACUUGAAAAGCGAAAACAUUCGAAUCACCGCAAAUUCUUUUAAAGUAUUAUAAUGGCUUUAAUAGAUUACUGUCGCUUGGAUGAAAAAAUUAAUUUAAAGCCUGCUGUAUCUCUAGCUACCUUUCAACAGGAUGUGAUUGGUUAUACGAAGAACUUUACAAAUUGCUCCCAACUUGCAGUUCCGCCGUUCGCAAAUCCCGUAGAGAGCUUAGCUCAACUUAGUGCUCAAGAUGAAACUGGGAAAAAAAUCAAAAUUGAAUUUGACCAUGGAACUACAACCCUCGGAUUUCGUUACAAGGGAGGUGUUUUACUGGCAGUGGAUUCCAGAGCCACUGGUGGUCAGUUCAUUGGUUCACAGACCAUGAAGAAAAUUGUUGAGAUCAAUGAUUAUUUGUUAGGUACAUUAGCAGGUGGUGCAGCGGAUUGUGUAUACUGGGAUAGAGUUCUUGCAAAGCAGUGUCGGUUGUACGAGCUGAGGAACCGGGAGAGGAUAUCUGUAGCUGCUGCGAGCAAACUAAUGGCUAACAUGGUGUACAACUACAAGGGUAUGGGGCUCAGCAUGGGAAUGAUGCUCGCCGGAUUUGAUAAGCGGGGUGCACAGUUGUAUUAUGUGGACAGCGAAGGUACCCGUACACCAGGGAAGGUUUUCUCUGUUGGUUCCGGCUCUGUCUAUGCAUUUGGUGUGCUAGACUCUGGAUACAAAUGGGAUCUUGAAGACUUGGAGGCUCAAGAACUUGGGCGUCGUGCUAUCUACCACGCGACGCACCGGGAUGCGUACUCCGGUGGCAUUAUCCGCGUAUACCACAUUAGCGACCAGGGCUGGGUCAACAUCUCCAACGAGGACUGCUCCGACCUGCACUACAAGUAUCAGGCACAGCGGGGAGUCACAGAUACCGAAUAAAUUAUAAUUGGGUACUGCUGUUUCAUUUAUCAUAAUACGCCACUCUUAAAUUUAUAAUAAAUCACAUCAAAAUAGAA